UUGAAAUUCUAUACUUUUUUUUUGGGAAUAUGAAAUUCUAUACUUGAAAGACGAGUGAUUUGAAUUUCCAAGGUAUGAGGACGGCGUCAAAGCUUACGUCUCCCCACUCCCUCUCCCGCCCAUCACCCGCCAGCCUCCUCUUCUCCCGCUGCAAAUCCUCCCUCCGACGCCCGGCCUCCGCCUCUCCUCCUUCUCUUUAUCAAAUGAUCACAGAGAUUGUCCCCAUUAACGUGAGGGACACUGAACAGCAAGCCACUACAAGCACACAAGGUGUUCGUCAAAAUGUCCGACAAAGUAAUAGCACUUCUCAGAUUAUUGCAGGAAAGGCACUGCUGAAAGCUACCGACUUGGAAGAAAUUAGCGCAGCUGUUCACAAGGUAACAGAAAUAAUCCGUUCAGAUAAUAUCCAAAUUCCCAUGGAACAGCGUUUGAAAGUGCUGGGAAUUGCGUUUACUCCUGAGACCGUGGAGAUGGUGCUGAAGAGGUGCUUCAAAGUUGGCAGCUUGGCUUUUAGAUUCUUCAACUGGAUGAAGCUCCAGCCUGGAUUUCGCCACACUACAGAGACUUAUAAUACCAUGUCGUAUAUUGCAGGUGAAGCUGGAGAAUUUGACUUGGUGGAGAAGCUGAUGGAGGAUAUGGAUGCUGACUUGUGUUCAAAGAACAUUAAAACAUGGACAAUUCUUAUCUCACAGUAUGCAAAUGUAAAGAAGAUUGGUAAAGCUCUGUGGACUUUUGAGGAGAUGAGGAAAUCAGGCUGCAAGCUUGAUAGUGGAGUUUAUGAAGCAAUUCUUAGGGGACUUUGUAGUGCGAGGAAGGCAGAACUAGCAUUUGAGUUCUACAAAGAGAUGGUUUUGAAGAAAAUGAAAGUUGAUAUAAAGAUAUACACAAUGCUAAUGGAUUGUCUGUCGAUUGCUGGUGAUAUUGUCAAUGCAAGUUUGGUUGGAGAAGAUAUGAUGAAGAUUGCAGAGCUUCCUGAAACUGAGGUGCUUACCAUCAUGUUGAGGAGCUUUUGUAUUUCAGGAAAAGUAGAUGAAGCCUGGAAGUUGUUCGAGGAAAUGAGAGUGAGAAAUCUAUCUGUUGAUUCAAAUGUUUAUGAGGCGUUAGUGAAGGGAUUUUGUAGAGUUGGAAGAAUAGACGAAGCUAUGGGGAUUGUGGAUGAUAUGAAGCAUAGUUUGAAUGCUGGAAAUAGGAUUUAUGGGUGUUUGAUUGAUGGCUUCUUGAGAAAAGGAAAAGCUUGGAAAGCCUUGGAAUUGUUGCAUAGUAUGAGAGAACUUGGUUGCUUGCCUAUGGUUUCCUCUUAUACUCAAGUUAUCCAACAUCUAUUCAGAUCAGAUCAAUAUGGAAAAGCCUGUGAGAUUUAUGAGGAGAUGUUGGAAAAUGGUAUUGAGGCAGAUAUUGUGGCAACCACAGCAGUGGUUGCUGGUCAUGUCCAACAUAACAACAUUUCUGAAGCUUGGAGAGUUUUCAACGACAUGAAAAGGAAAGGCUUGGUGCCUACUUGGAAGGCUUAUUCCGUUUUCAUCAAAGAACUUUGCAAAGCUUCAAACCCCAACGAAGCCUUUAAGCUAUUAAGUGAAAUGUCUGCUUGUAAGAUAAAUCCAACAGAUCAUAUAUUUAGGCUGGUUAUAAGUUCCUUAAAAAGAAACGGCCAACUGGAAAAAGCAGGAAUGGCUGAGCAGCAACACAGAUCCUUCAGAUUCAGUCAUAGAGAGAGUGAACAAUUCUACGAUUUAACUGAGCAUCAGGAGGUUUCAGUCUGCUCCUCUGAUCAUAAUUUGGUUUGUAGAGAGCCACCAAAUGUGCUUGAUGAGAAUGAUGUAGAAGAACUCUGUAGAAUCUUAUCCUCCUCAGCUAAUAGUGAUCUAUUGCUACAAACACUAGAUAGAAGCACUAUUACUUUCACACCUGAACUUGUUGAGGCAGUUCUGCGAAGAUCUCAGAGACAUGGAAGUUCUGCUUUGCAAUUUUUCUCUUGGGUUGGAAAACAGCCUAAUUACACCCAUAACACUGAAACAUAUAAUAUGGCUAUAAAAAUUGCAGGCAGUGGGAAGGAUUUCAAGCAUAUGAGAACUCUUUAUCACGAAAUGAGGAGAAGGUGUUGUUCUAUAGAGCCAAAUACAUGGACGAUCAUGAUAUCCCAGUAUGGCCAAGCAGGUUUAACAGAGAUUGCUCUGAAGACCUUCAAAGAGAUGAAAUCUGAAGGUUAUCAACCAAAUGGCGAUACAUUCAAGUAUCUGAUUGUAUAUCUUUGUGGAAAGAAAGGUCGAAAGAUAGAAGAGGCAAUCAAAGUAUUCCAAGAAAUGUUGCCUUCAGGCUAUAUGCCAGAUAAAGAGAUGGUCGACAUUUUUCUCUCUUCUCUGUGUGAAUCAAGGAAGUUUUCAGAAGCAAGAAGAGCAGUUAAUUCCUUAUGUAAGAGAGGGUUCCAAAACCAGAUUGCUUAUUCUCUGCUCAUCAAGUCUUUAUGCAGGGCAGGACAAGUUGAUGAAGCCAUUGUUCUAACAGAUGAGUUUGAAAAUCUUGGAUGUAAAGUGGAUCAAUACAUUUAUGCAAGCAUUGUUCAUGCACUUUUAAGAAAAGGAAGAUUAGAGGCGGCCUUAGAGAAGCUGGAAGACAUGAAAAGAGCUGGAAUUUCACAGUCAGUACAUAUAAAGACAUCAUUGAUUGUCCAUUUUUUCAGAAAGAAGCACAUCGAAAAGGCAUUGGAGAUAUACAAGAAGAUGAGAGAAGAAGGUUGUGAACCAACUGUCAUUACAUACUCAGCUUUAAUUCGUGGGUUCAUGAACAUGGGGAUGUUCUCAGAUGCUUUGAACAUCUUUCACCGUAUGAAGAUUAAAGGGCCCUUCCCUGAUUUUCAGACUUACUCGAUGUUCAUGACUUGUCUCUGCAAACAAGGAAGGUCUGCAGAUGCAUUCAAGCUAAUUCACGACAUGCUGGAGAGCCAGAUCAUCCCUAGCGCAGUCAAUUUUAGGACCGUUUAUUAUGGAUUAAAUAGAGAAGGCAAGCAAGAUCUUGCUCAUCUUGUACUUAAGAUGAAGUGGAGUUUGAAAAAACAAAGAAUGCAUUCAAUAUAAUUUUCUUUUAAA